AUUAUCAAGUAAAAACCAAUGAAUAUUUAUAUAUGCUUUCUACAGGGAAAGACAACACAAUUGAUGAGAUGGGUAGAUGGGAAGACAACAAAUGGGUUUGGAACCUUCCUUGGAGACCCACCCCACACUCUUGGGAGCAAGAUUCCAUGCAAGAUUUCAACAAGCUUCUCAAGGAGACCAACCUGACCAUAGGGAAGGAGGACACUUGGACCUGGGAACGAGAUAAGUUGGGUGAUUACUCUACAAGCUCAGGAUACACUGCUUUGGUCCAACAUCAACCCUCACCAUAUCGACAAGUUUUUGAGAAGAUUUGGAACCCCCUUAUUCCUCACAAAGUCUGUGGAUUCACUUGGUUACUACCACUUGACAGGAUUCCCUCAAAAUUCAACUUGUUGAAAAGGGGAUUAAUUAAGGAGAUAGAGGCUGUUAAGUGUAGCCUUUGUGGACGGAAUGUGGAAGACAUCAACCAUCUUUUUCUCCACUGCUCAGUUACUGCAAAAAUCUGGUCAAUGUGCUUCGAAUGGUGGGGCUUCUCCACUGCCAUUGUUGGUUCAUGUUUGGAUUCUUUCAUCCAACAUGAAUCCUUAGCUACUAAAAGUAGUGAACGACUGGGUUGAAUUAUAGUGUGGUUUUCUCUCGUCUAGACCAUCUGGACUAUCAGGAAUGAGGUAAUCUUUAGAGGUAAAUCGAUGGAUUUGACAAAGACUUUCGAUCAAGUUCAAGCUCAAGCCUUCCUCUGGGUCAAGAGCAAAGGAAAGGAAGUACAUUUCUGCUUCUCUGACUGUAUCUUAAACCCUAGGUGCUGCAAGUUUUUGUAAAUGGGUCUCCCAACGCUAUAUUGUUUUUUGGUUCUUCAUUCUAUUAGGGAUUGACUAAUGUAUACGGGUUUGGGUAACCCUUGUACUCAUUCAAUUAAAUCUUUUGCCUUUC